AUGAAUGAUCUUAAGACCAAACGAGAUCCGCCUGCACAAGAAGAAACACGGGAUCUAAAAAAGGCUCGUGUCCAAGAGAUUCCCAAAAUCACAGAGUUUCAAAUCCAACAGAUUGAGCACCAUACAAGAACUCUUCAAAAGAGUCUAAAGUAUUUGAUAGAGAAUGCCCCUGAUUAUCUUCAGUAUCAACAGAUACUACAAGCGCCCGAGACCGACGAUAUUGUCAAGUUUUCCAUGAGAAAACCACUUUUACAUCUUGCCAGUGUGGUCAAAUCCAAAUGGGAAACCCAUGGGCAAGUCGGAGUGCAACAAAUUAUUGAUGGUGAUAUUGAUUUGACCCCAGAGGAAAGAAAUGAGCUUUCUAAAGUCUCGUCCAAUCAAAAGAUGUCCAGUGUUUCUCAAGUCUCUACUUCAGCAGCUGCUCCAAAUUAUACUACUACCACCCCCAUUAGAGGUAUGCCUCCAUUACCUGAAAUCAACGAUCCAGAUUUACGUCAAAGGGUGUUCAUUCACAAGUCAACUUACACCAAUAAGCUAUAUUUGAACCCUGGUGAAAUCAUCGGUGCACAUAAUGAACGGUUGGAGUUUUUAGGAGACUCUGUGUUAAAUCAUUUGGUUACCAAGAUGAUUUUUGAAAGGUUCCCGGAAGCUUCUGAAGGAGAGCUUUCCAAUCUCCGAUCGCUGCUUGUUAAGAACUCUGUACUCACUGAGCUUUCUCUUAAAUAUGGGUUUGACAAGCAAUUGAAAAGUACCAUAAAUGAAUCGGACUUGAGAGACGGGAAACAAAAAAUAUAUGCAGAUAUUUUUGAAGCAUACAUUGGAGCGUUGGCCCAAGAUGGGAAAACUCCAGAGGCUAUUCAAGAUUGGCUUUCACAAUUGAUGGAAGGAUUGGUUAAGGAAUACGAAUAUUCAACCCAACAGAAAGAACCAAUCAAUAGAGAUGCCAAAACAGAGUUGUAUUCUAUGAUAGGCACGGCUUCCAGUCAUCCUAUAUAUGAAGUGGAACAGAUGGGAGAUGGGUCUAGAAUUCCCUUUGUGAUCUGCUGUAAGAUGGGUGAAGAGAUAUUAGGUAGAGGAGUGGCUCCUGGGAAUAAAGAAGCCGGACUUAGAGCAGCCAUGUCAGCAUUGAAGAAUCGAGAUCUUUUGGCCAAGUAUAGUCAUUUGCGUCUGUUAUUAGAUCGUGAUGCAUCUGUUGUCAAGAAGACACAAACAAAUGAUGUUAACAAUACCAACGUCAACAACAGCAAAACUAGUGAUAAAGAUGGCUUAUUUCCUAUAACGGCAGACUCCGCUAUACCUUUGAUAACAGAUGCUAAGAACCAGCUUUAUCCGUAUUUCCAGAGGAUUGGUGUGAACCCUGAAUAUGUGUAUUCAAAGGUGGGUGAUCACUACAUGUGUCAGUUGGUGGUUAAAGGGAAGGUGUACGGGUUGGCAUAUGCGUUAAGCAAGAAGGUGGCUUCACAACGUGCAGCCUCGAUAUUUAUUGCUGAUCAGGGGGCCCUUCAUGCUAUGUUAGAUAGAGCAUCAUAG